AUGAGUCGAAGUGCUUUCGCAGUAAAUUUCUAUUCAAAACAUUCAGGUUCAAUAUUAUAUUACUUUGAGUAUGUUCGGAAGGAUCUGAUGGAAAAAGUGGAAAAUCGUAAGCGCAUCACGGGACUGGAAUUAAAACUUUUGUUUACUCUGUGGAUAUUGAGCAAACAAGAAACCUUUUUGUCAGCGGGUGAUCGUUUCCACAUCGCAAAAAGUUCAGCUCACAAAGCUUUUUGUGAAAUUCUUGAUGUGUUAUGCGCUUUUACGGGAGACUACAUCAAAUGGCCAUCUCCAAGUCAAUACAACUCUAUUUCUCAAGCGUUUCGAGAGAAAUCUGGAGGCCGUAUCCCAGGGAUAAUUGGGGCUAUUGAUGGGUGUCACAUCCAAAUCAAACAGCCCCUAAGAAACCCAAUCGACUACGACAACAGAAAAAAUACCCACUCAGUGAUUUUACAAGCCGUGUGUGACCAUAGAGCUGUUUUCACCGAUGUAUGUGUAGGAGCUCCGGGACGGUUGCAUAAUGCAAGAGUCUUCAGAAACAGCCCAUUGUCGAGUGAAAUAGACCGAUUGGUGCCUGACGAAUAUCAUCUUGUGGGUGAUACAGCCUACCCUCUGAAAAAAACCUUGUAA